AUGGACGAUAUCAAACGCGAAAAGGCACUGGUCAAAAUAUGCUUCUCUUCAAGAAAUUAUCCUAUCCUUGGAUACGAGACUAUGCCAGCAAUCCACGUGGAAGAGAAAAAUGACGAAGACAUUAGGCUAGUUGUUCGAGAACGACUCAAAGAAAUUCAUCCGCUUGCGAAGCGGCAACAGCUCGAGAAUGAAAUAUUGAUGAAGGCUCACGGGGGUUUCCAAUGGACAGUAUUGACUGUUGCCAUGAUACUACAUGAAAGCGCUAUUGGUACGAGGGUCCAGAGUCUGCACAAAAGACUCACAGCUAUCCCGGAAGCUCUUGAUGGGCUGUACGCUGAAAUAUUAAGCGGCGUCGACACUGUCGAGCAGCGCCAGAUGACGAAACUGUUUCAAUGGGUCUUAUUUACCGCACGACCAUUGUCUUCACACGAGCUCCGAGAAGCCCUUGCUAUCGAUUAUGAUGACAAGGAAUGCACAACCAUUCCGCAACUCAGAAACCACGACAACUGGACAGAUACUGUGACUCAGUUCGAGAGAGUCGUCACACACAUUUCCAAAGGCCUCGUGGAGUUCCGAACCCGCGAAAUUUGGGAGAGAUACGAUCCUGAUGGGGAGGACUGGGAUCGGGAAGCACAGUUCGUCCACCAGUCAGUUGCGGAUUAUGUGCUCAGAAACUUUUUCAAGCGCACCCUGCACGGUUCUACUUGUCAAUCUCCCAUUGGAGCUGGUCACUUUGAGAUAUCGAGGUCUUGUCUGAGCUACCUGACUUUGAAAGAAGUCUUAGAAGACACCCAGCUAUCUUGGGGCAAACUCUCAGCAAGAUUUCCCUUGAUACUAUACACAGCGGAGUUCUUGUUCCACCAUAUUCGGGAAGUCGAGCGUGCAGGAAUCCCUCAAGUUGACCUCCUUGCGCGCAUUCACUGGGGUCGAGAUUCUGAAACCGUGAAUAAGAUCGCGAGCUUAUGGAGAGUGGUGGAUCCUGACAAUAAUCAUUCGCCCAGGGGGUGGCCCUUUGUCGGAGCAACACCCCUUCAUGUUUUGGUGGGAUUCGGCUCAGAGAGCUAUUUGAACACUUUCCUUGGUAAGGAUGAGGCGGAGUUUGAAGUGAGAGAUGCGGAUGGGAAUACACCAUUACUCCUCGCUCUCGAAGAGUGUCGCGAAGAUCUUGCUUUACUACUGCUGGAUCGGUCCAUUGAAUGGCAGCUCGAAGAGAAGGCAAUUAACCUGAAGGCCGCCCAAGACGAACGCCAAGGGCAGACAAGAAAUUAUCUUUCUCACCUGAAUAUGGAAAAUGGUGACGGGGAAACGCCCUUAACCGUUGCCGCGACGGUGAAGGCUAGGGAGGUAAUCUUUAAGUUAAUUGAGGCGGGCGCUGACCUCGAACUCUUCGGACGUCAGAGUGAGUUGGUACAAUACGCUAUUCGUCACAGAGACAAAAGACUCAUUUCCAUAAUGUUGGAAAAGGGUGUGGAGCUCGACGGAGCUAUCUUUUAUGCGGUCAAGGACAUGUCCGAGAACGACGAUCUCGAUGGUCUAUUCAUUUUGUCGAAACUGUUCGAGGCUGGUGGCAACACACGCAAAUCCACGGAUUUUGACCGGACAUUCGGGAACGACGAAGAAGAGGAUGAAGAUGAAUAUGAAUACGAGGAUGAAGCAAUGAAUGUAGCGUCGCGAAGAGGCCAUACGGCAAUCGUCAGCCUUCUUCUAUCCCAUGGCGCUUCAGCGGAAAUAGAAGACACACAUGGUGAUUUCCCAUUGCUGAUCGCUGCACGUCAUGGCCACGAGGAAACGGUGGAGUUUUUGCUUCACAACGCACCGCAAUCUGUUAAGCUGAUUGACGGUGAUGGGCUGUCAGCAUUGGACACAUCCGUUAAAAAGGGCCAUUUUGGAUUGGCAAUGCAGCUUCUCCGGCAAGGGUACCAAGUUGUCGCAUUUGAGGAGACAUUUUGCACGGCUGUUGCCGCGGGCAAAGUGAAAUUAGCGGAAGCAAUUCUAUGCGCAACACUAGAGAAUGCAGACGUGGGCAAUGGAAGAGACCAAAAUGGCCGAACGCCCUUCUUGUGGGCCGUCGAGCUGGGGAAUGAAACAAUAGUCAAACGGUUUCUCGAUAUGGGCAAGGUCGACGUCGAUGGAAGAGACCAAGAUGGCCAAACGCCAUUCCUACAGGCUCUCCAGCUAGGGCGUACAGCGGUAGCUAAACUGCUUCUCGAUACGGGCAAGGUCGACGUUGAUAGAAGAGACCAAGAUGGCCGAACACCAUUCCUAUGGGCUCUCCAGUUGGGACGUCUAGCGGUAGCUAAACUGCUUCUCGAUACAGGCAAAGUCAACGUCGACCUAAGAGAUCAAUACGGCCAUACACCGCUCUUAUGGGCUCUUCAGCAUGGACAUGAGGCGGCGGUUAACUUCCUUGUGGGUAUGGGUAAUGCCGACGUCAAUAUAGCAGAUGAACAUGGUCGAACGCCACUCUUAUGGGCUACUCAACAUGAAAAAGAGGGGGUGAUCAAGUUGCUUCUCGACACGGGCAAGGCCGACGUUGAUAGACAAGAUCACUAUGGCCAAACGUCGCUCUUUUGGGCUGUUCAGCAUGGGCACGAGGCGGUAGUUAGAUUGCUUAUAGACACGGGCAAGACCAACGUCGAUGGAAAAGAUCAAUGUGGCCGAACACCGCUCUUUUGGGCCGCUCAGUAUGGGCAUGAGGCGGUUGUUAAGCUUCUUCUCGAUACAGGGAAGGUCGAUGUCGAUGGGAAAGAUCAACACGACCGGACACCACUCUCAUGGGCUGCUGAGGAGGGCCACGAUAGGGUGGUCAAGCAACUUAUGGACACAGGUAAGGUCGAUAUCAAUAGGAAAGAUCAAUGUGGUCAAACACCACUCUCAAGGGCUGCACAGCGGGGGCAAGAGGCGGUUGUUUGGCGGCUCAAGUACUCAUAG